CGGCGCAGCGAUCGGGGCGGGCGGGCUGCACGCGCGGUCACGUGGCGGCGGCGCGCGUAGCUAAAUACGCGGCGCCGGCCAUUUUGUGCGAGAAGCCGCAGCGCCGCCUCCCUGCUCGCGCUCCGCUGCCGCCGCCGCCUCCUCCUCUGCGUCCUCCUGCGCACCGGGCUUCCGCCGCUUCAUUGAUUUCCGUUUCUCGCCGCUGCAGCCUCCUGACACGGUGAUCCGGGCGGGCCCCGCAGGAAUUUUAUCCCCUCACCGGCCUCACACUAGUGUCGCAUGUCCACUAUCCAGAACCUCCAAUCUUUCGACCCCUUUGCUGAUGCAACUAAGGGUGACGACUUACUCCCGGCAGGGACUGAGGACUACAUUCAUAUAAGAAUCCAGCAGCGGAACGGCAGGAAGACGCUGACCACUGUGCAGGGCAUUGCGGACGAUUAUGACAAAAAGAAACUUGUGAAAGCCUUCAAAAAGAAAUUUGCCUGUAAUGGUACUGUGAUUGAACAUCCCGAGUACGGAGAGGUUAUUCAGCUGCAAGGUGACCAAAGGAAGAACAUUUGCCAGUUUCUUUUGGAGGUUGGCAUCGUCAAGGAGGAGCAGCUGAAGGUUCACGGAUUCUAAGAUGAACCCAAACGUGUGGCGAGUUUCUUAACUGGUUUUGUUCCCUCAACCCGGUUUGGCUGCCUCGGGAGAUGACUCUCCUCAGUAAACGACGGACUUUGCAUUUAUUUAAUCAUUCAAACUCGCACUCACACCUGCGUGCCUGCAGGAAACACGGGGUAUGUAGGCUCCUGAGUCAUAAGAAAAUCGCAGUCAGGUGGGAACAAAGCCCGAGUUCAUCCUAACAUGUUUCCAAUGGAAAAGAUUUUGUUUUGAGUGUUUAUUGUUCAGUUUAUUUUCACUUAAUUAUUACAUGUUUUUGUUGUUGUUGUCGUUGUAUUAAACCGUGUAUGUUGCAGCUUAACAAUAAAAAGGAGAGUCUGAGUCCUUUUGUGAGCUCCCAUGCUCCCACAUCUCA